UCUGCCAUGGCGCCUAUUCACAAGAAGCAGAACACUGGCAAAGGUGGUAAGAAGAAGAAGCAGGUCUUGAAGUUCACACUGGACUGCACCCAUCCCGUUGAAGAUGGCAUCAUGGACGCUGCCAACUUCGAGCAGUUUCUUCAGGAGCGCAUCAAGGUGAACGGGAAAGCCGGUAACCUGGGUAACGGUGUGGUCUCCAUCGAGAGGAGCAAGAGCAAGAUUACAGUCUCCUCUGAGGUGCCCUUCUCCAAAAGAUACCUGAAGUACCUGACCAAGAAGUACCUGAAGAAGAACAAUCUUCGUGACUGGCUGCGUGUCGUGGCCAACACCAAGGAGAGCUACGAGCUCCGCUACUUCCAGAUCAACCAGGAUGAAGAGGAGGAGGAAGAUGAAGAUUAACUUGACAGUUCAUCAGAUUUUGUACAUUUAAAUAAAUGUUGUUUACAGUACA